AUGACCUCUCCCUCCAAGCCAUUAAAUAUAAAGUCCAACAAUCGACUUACAGUCUCAGCUAAUGACUCUGAACUCCAACCAGGCUCCUAUACGCCUUCUCUGGGCACCCCAGAUCUUCGAGCACUCAGAGCACAAUAUACGGGGACACCUCCGCCACCAAACAUCCCUAUGCGUGGGGCAGGGACACCUGUCUUGACAGGAGGUGCCGUGGUAGCCGCAUCCUCGUCAACUUCUUUGCUUCCGGUUUCUGGCACGAAGGCCGACUCAGGCUCGCCCCUGAGACCACCCAUCGGCGGGCUUUCAGCGACCAAGCAAAAUACAGGUAGCUCAGAUAAAGUCGCAGUCACACCUCCCAGCAUAGCAGACCUGGACGGCUUGCCAGCAGAGGAGAAGGCCAAGGUUCUAAGGCGCCACCUCGUGGCGAAGGAACAACGGACCAAAGCGAAUGACUCUGCGCCCAAAUCCGUGGUCGGCUCCGUCCAGGACGCGAAUGUCGCUACAGGUUCAGAUGUCUCACGAAACACGUCGUCUGGGACGCUGCGCGAACGUGGGGCGGUGCGAGAGGACUCGGAACCGUUCCCCGUUCCAUACGAUACACACGGUGCAGAUGUUACCCAUGACAUCUACAAAUGGCAUACAGAUCAACGGCGGCAAGCUGCUUCUGCGCGCGUCCGCUCAGUCUCUCUUUCUGUUGGCCCCAGUCGCACCCCGCACCCUGCAUUUGAACAUAUCCACGAGCCAGGAGGGUUUAGACGAAACUAUUUACUGUUGCGACGUGAAGCAAACGAAGAGGGAGGCGAAGGACCGCAGAUCCUGAACAACUUUAUCGACUUCCUACUUCUAUUCGGACAUUUCGCCGGAGAAGACCUCGAAGAAGAUGAAGAAAAGGACGGGGAAGACGAGGAAAACCUUUCACCCCCCAUCGACGAGCCUCUGUCGACCGGCUUACCAGAUGCCAACGAACACACGAGUCUUCUCGGCAGCCCAAACCUUUCGCGAUCGCGGUCUAGGAGCAGGCGCCGCAGGACGUCGUUAUCAAGACAAGGAACCGCCACUGUCACGCAGGCUGUCCUGAUGUUGUUGAAGUCAUUCGUGGGCACUGGCGUUCUUUUCCUUGGUCGAGCAUUCUUCAACGGAGGCCUUCUAUUCUCUAUUCUCACAUUCACGUUCAUUGCGUUCAUUUCACUCUAUUCAUUCUUGCUGCUCGUCAAGACCAAAUUCGUCGUUUCUGGAAGUUUUGGAGACAUCGGAGGCACGCUUUAUGGGCCAUGGAUGCGAUAUCUCAUCCUCGGUUCCAUUGUCAUCUCGCAAAUGGGGUUCGUUGGUGCGUACACCAUCUUCGUUGCCGAGAAUCUGCAGGCAUUCAUACUCGGUGUUACACAAUGCCUCAAGCUCAUCCCAGUGCAACACCUCAUCCUCGCGCAGCUAGUUGUGUUUCUGCCACUUGUGCUUGUGCGCGAUCUCGCGAAGUUAAGUUCGACUGCGUUGGUGGCAGACGCCUUCAUCCUCUUUGGGCUGGUGUAUAUCUUUGGUAGUGAGUUUGGUGUGCUGUGGGAGCGCGGCAUGGCGGAGGUCAAGAUGUUCAAUGAACGCGACUUUUCACUGUUCAUCGGAACAGCAGUGUUUUCGUUUGAAGGAAUCGGUCUUGUCAUUCCUAUCACCGAUGCCAUGCGCGAGCCGCACAAGUUCCCCAUGGCGCUGUCAGGCGUGAUGGUCUUCCUCCUACUUUUGUUCGGUGGCGCUGGCGUACUUGCCUAUGUCACAUUUGGCUCUGAAGUUCAGACUGUUGUCCUGUUGAACCUCGACCAGAAGAGUAAGAUGGUCCAAUCAGUACAGCUCUUCUACGCCCUCGCGAUCAUGCUCUCCGUGCCACUGCAGCUCUUCCCGGCGAUCCGCAUCCUCGAGAACGGCAUCUUCACGCGGAGCGGUAAGGUGGACGUGCGCGUCAAGUGGUACAAGAAUGCGUUCCGCUUCGCGAUGGUGUUUGUGUGCAGCGCUAUUGCGUGGGUCGGUGCGGCGGACUUGGAUAAAUUUGUGGCGUUCAUUGGAUGCUUUGCUUGUGUACCGCUCUGCUACGUGUACCCGGCGAUGCUGCACUACAAGGCAUGCUCGCGCACGCGUAAAGACAAACUCCUCGACAUCGCGCUCAUCGUGUUUGGUCUCGCAGCUGCGGCGUACACCACUGUACAGAACAUCGGGCUGAUGUUGGGGCCGAAUCCGGUCAGGGACUCUCCAUACGACAACUGCCAGUCUUGA